UCUUUGACUUGACUCUUGACAGUGACAUAAAUUUUGUUGCUUAGGUACCUACUCGCUUUGUUUAUUUUAUUGUAUUAAAAUUUUUAAAUAUCAAUUACUUUAAAAAAUAGUGUUUAAGCAGUUAAGAUUGUGUCAAUUUGAAUUACAAAUGAAUACUGUUUUUUAUUCUUUUUCUUCUGUAACUUAAUAAUUAGUAAAUUAGAAAUUCAAAAUCAAGCUCACGUGUUCUAAAAUUUUGUGUUAGUUUUAAGUUAAAGUACAUAUAAGACUAUACGAAAUGGUCCGAAAACUUAAAUUUCAUGAGCAAAAAUUACUAAAAAAGGUAGAUUUUAUUUCAUGGAAAGUUGAUAAUAAUUUAAAUGAAGUUAAGGUUAUGAAAAAAUAUUUUGUUCAAAAACGUGAGGAUUACACUAAAUAUAAUAAAUUAUCAAGAGAAAUCAGAGAAUUAGCAAAUAAAAUAAAGGAUUUAGACGCUAGCUCAGAAUUCCGAACAGAAUCAAGUGCCCAACUACUUGAAAAGCUGUACCAGAUGGGUUUAAUUCCAACGCGAUGGGACCUAGCCCUCGCCAGCACUGUGUCAGCCAGUGCCUUCUGUAGAAGACGUCUCCCUGUGGUAAUGGUUCGAAAUAAAAUGUCAGAAUCAAUAAAAGAAGCAACAAAGUUCAUAGAACAAGGGCACGUAAGAGUAGGCCCAGAAGUUGUCAAGGAUCCUGCAUUCUUAGUCACACGGUCUUUGGAGGAUUUCGUCACAUGGGUUGAUGGUUCAGCUAUCAGAAAACACGUUCUGGAGUAUAAUGAAAUGAGGGAUGAUUUUGAAAUGAUAUGAAAAUGAAAGGAUUAGUGGUAAGAGUAACAAUAUAAGUAUGUUUGUAAAUAAUUUAAUAAAUAAUUUUAGUACUAAA